AUGAGCCGUCUCGCAUCUUUCCGCGGCCCUUCCGCGCCCUCCUCAUCUCCCGUGCCAAAAGCCAACCCAAAUACGACUCCAAAAGGCAAAGGCAAAGCAAAUUCCAAUCCGAAAUCUCCGAGUUCGCCUGGCCGAAAUGUACGCGGAGGAAGCGUGGAGCCGAUGUCACCUCCUGCUGUAUCUGGAGGAGUGCUGGAAACGACGUAUCAUCGCAAGCUGCGAAGUAUGUUGUUGGAGAUGAGAACGUGUUGUAGGACUUGGGAGGACCUGAUUGAUCAUGAUGGGUUCCGCGCGAUUCAGAGGCUCGUGGAUGCACGUACUGAUCUCGACAAUCAACUUGCGCAGGUGCCUGGUGGAGGACUGCCGAGAUCGCGUAUAGUAGGGCCUAAGCUCGCCUCUAUGGAAGAACGCAUACGCGAACUUGACACUGUGAUCGCGAAGCUUAGAAAGCAAUUUGCGAAGAUGAACUCGAUAGUGGACAGCUUGGAAGCGCUCCUUUCCGAUGCGCACAAGACGAAAGGAUGGGCAUGGGUCUCACAGGAGCCACUCUGGACGACAUGGACAUUGGAGAAGUUCGUGACCGAGAUCCCUGGCUUGCUAGCGCCACACCGCCGCUCGCUGGACGAGCACGCCGGACUAGUAGAGGAGGUACGGUCGCAUGAUACGCCUUUCGCGGCCGCGAAAGAGGCAGUAUUGCGUUGGGCAGCACCUGGUACACUAGAAGACGAAGGCUGGGAUGCACGAUGGGAAGACCUAUGUGACGUCGAAGUAGACAAAUGGGACCCCAGAUGA